AUGGAAGGUGUUUGUCCUUACUCAUUUGAGCCCCGAUAUUCCCAAACAAAUCUGGAGAAGAAGAAUCCGGGAGAUAUAGACAAAUUUAAAGGAAGAACAGGAAAUCUGUUGUGGUGCAGUUGCGGUUUUUGUGUCCAAAUGCAGACGGAUAUGGAGAGUAUUUGUUGCAACGAUUUCGAACAAAUUUGCACUGUUAUGGGUAGCUGUGAUUGCAUUACGUUACAUUCAUCUUUUGAAAAAGUUGUCCUAAAUAUUGACACUCUCACGGCUGCUCGUUAUCAUUUGUUAUUGCAUGCCUCUUCCUACGAGAAAGAAAGACUGAAAGAGACCACAAAUAAUUUAUGGCGACAUAUUGCUUAUAAGCAAUUUGUUUAUUGGAUAAAUGGAUGGGUUCCUUUAGGUAAACACAAUAGAAAAAUCAUUCCUUCAUGUGUUAUCCAAAAAAUUAGAGAAGAAUACCCGGAAGCUGACAAUAAUUACACUGGAUUUAUACCAACGCAAGGAGAAGAUGCCAAUUAUUUUGAUUAG